AUGGACCCUGAUGCGCGGGAUGAGAUAAGCUCAGUUCUUGAAGUCCUUCCUCUGAGACUUGACCCGGCUGAUGUGCUUCCGUACUCCCGUCCAAGAUUCGCUUGGAUCUCUGAGGAGCCUUCCCGUACUGAGGGGUGCGAGUUGGUACAGAGGGAAGGCUUUGUGGAAGUUACCAUGACUGCCACGGGGGUUGCGGAAGCUCAAUGGAUUCAACCUGGCUGGAACAGGGUUGACCCCUCGUGUCCGUUGCCAACCUUCAUGAAAUCCAUUAAGCGUGAGCAACCCCCUCCUGUUCCUGCUGGGCUCCGGCGAACCCCUUGGGAUGCCCAAGGCCGGUGGGCGGAUGAUGAAUUUCGCUUUCCACCAUACCAAUAUAAGGAACAGUUCAUGUUGACAGAUGAUACUGUGCUCCGCUAUGUUAGUUCAGGCGAGCGAGAAAUCCUGAUGGGAUUUGGGGCCCAGCAUACACGGUUCUGUUUUCCAGCUUCUGAAACCAAGAAGAACCCCGUUCGCUAUGAAGAUGAGCGGCUGAGUCUGAUAGGAGACAGUUUCUGCAUGCUCUCGUUCGGAUGGGUUGCUGGCCUGUUGUGCCGUGCAGCCCGAACACUGGCGGGAGCACAAGAAAUUGUUGACUUGAUGGGACUUGCGCCCGGCGCGUGUUCACGUGCAGGUGCCUCUGCCCCAAUGGAAAGAUGGAAGCACUAUGGGUUUGAAGGCAAGGAUGACUCCCCACAGGAUGCUGAGUUCCUUGUCAAUAAGCUGGCGUUAGGAGCUAACCACACUGGAUCUGAUGUUCGGAUCACCACAGGAGAGUUAAUGACGCCGUCCAAGUCCGUGAGGCAAAGCACUGAGGCCAUCUGGUGGAGCUGGAAGCAAGUCUUCUCCAAAAAGUGGCAGUUCCAGCACCACAUCAAUGCCCUUGAGAUGCGUGCCCUUCUUCUUGGCCUUCAGUGGCGUGCGCAGAGGCCGGGUCACUUGGGUAAGAAGGUUGUUCACCUAGUGGAUGGCGUCCGCUCCUUUUCAGAAGUGGACGGAGCGCUGUCAGAUUGGAUUGACCUGGCUUGGGGCCAGGGGCUGCCUUUGGGCACUAUUGGUGAUGCCCUGUCUGGCAUGCAGCAUCUUUGGCCCCAGUGCCGGCGUCAACUCCAUCAUUCCUGGCGCCUCUUCAGAGCAUGGCGAAAAAUUGAGCCCCCUUGCCGCGCCCCGCCCUUGCCUGCUCGUCUUGCAUCUGCCUUUCUCGCGUGGUGCAUCUUUCAUGAUGAGCUCGCGCUGGGCGUCAUGGUGGGGCUGGGCUUCCACUGUCUGCUCCGUACAGGCGAGCUUCUUGCCCUGCGCGCCGAAGAUGUUCAUCUUUCAGAAAAAGCUGCAAUACUCAAUCUGAGACUCACCAAAUCCGGCCGUCGCGUCAAUGCUUUCGAGGCUGUUACCGUCUCAGACCGUGGGGUCCUUGCCGCGUUGCGGACUCUGUUGCAGAUACGUGAGUCCCAGCAUGUGGCAGGACUUCUGUGGCCACAUAGUACCUUUCUCCUCCAGCAUGGCGUUUCGCUUGAACAAAUUUUGCUGCGUGGACGAUGGCAAUCCCUGUCCACCGCGCGUAUCUACUUGCAAGAUGGUCUGGCCACAUUGGCCUCUGUCAAGUGCUCACCUGAAACGGAAGCUAAAGCUGCUUCCUACAACUCCUCUUUUACAGCUACGCCGUGGUAG